ACAUCAUAGAACAAUAAAAUAAUAUUCUAAGCUAAUAAAAUAAUAAUCUAAGCUAAUCAAGAAUGCGAUUGACGAACAGAUCUACAAACAUAUCGUAUACAGAGUACCCUGCACCUUUGCUAUAACACACUUUAAAUUGAUGAUUCAAAAAACAGUUUUAGUUGCAGAAAUUCAAAUGGGGUUUAUGAAAAUCAUGUCCCAAUUCUUAGAGGAAACCAAUCUUCUCGUCCUAGUCAUCAUCACCAUACCUUUCCUAUUCUUCAUCCUCAAGCAGAUCAAAGCUUCAUCUAUAUCCAAAUCCCCACCAAUCCCACCAGGCCCAUUUCCAUGGCCAAUCAUAGGCAAUAUCCUUCAGAUUGGAAAAGACCCUCAUCUAAAUUUGACAAGCUUAGCUCAAACCUAUGGUCCUCUCAUCUCACUCAGAUUUGGUAACCAGCAUCUCAUCGUCGGCUCAUCACCCACUGCUGCAAUGGAAAUUCUCAAGACCCAAGAUCGAAAUCUAUCUGGUAGAUAUGUUCCUCAUGUUGCACCAGCUAAGAGUCUAGAACUUAACAAAUUUUCAAUGGGAUGGACUUUGGAGUGCAAUGAAUACUGGAGGAAUCUACGCACCCUUUGUCGAGGAGAGCUGUUCUCAACCAAAGCAAUAAGCACUCAAGCUUGUAUUAGAGAGAAAAAGGUAAAGGAAAUGUUGGAAUUUAUAGGUAAACUGGAAGGUAAGGAGGUAAAGAUUAGAGAUUUAGUGUCUGCUGUUGUAUUCAAUAUGCUGAGCAAUGUUAUGGUUUCGAGAGAUCUUAUAAACUUGGAGAAUGAAAGUGUAAAUGGGGAGAUUAGUAGGCUUGUGAGGAGUAUGAUGGAGGUUGCUUCUACUCCAAAUAUAUCCGAUAUUUUUCCUAUUUUAGGUCCAUUGGAUCUACAAGGAUUGAGAAAGAAGUCCUUGGAACUGUUUGAUAGAAGCCGGAAGAUAUGGGAGGCAAUCAUCAAGGAAAGGAAGGAGAUGAGAAAAUCUAGCAAUGCUUCAACCCAACAAGAUUUCCUUGAUGCUCUACUCGAUGAAAAUUGUCCUGAGGAACAGGUUAACAUGUUGUUUCUGGAGCUAUUAACUGCUGGCACAGACACUAGCAGCUCAACAAUUGAAUGGACAUUGGCGGAACUAAUUAGAAAUUCAAGAUGCAUGAAGAGUGUUCAAGAUGAACUUGCUAGAGAAAUCAGACAAGAUUUGGUUAAAGAACCUGAUUUGACCAACUUAACAUACCUUCAAGCAUGUAUUAAAGAAGCCAUGAGGUUACAUCCUCCUGCACCACUUUUGCUCCCACAUCGAGCUGUUGAGUCAUGCCAAGUUAUGAACUACACCAUUCCAAAAGACUCAAUGGUUCUAGUGAACUUUUGGGCCAUUGGUCGAGACUCCGACCACUGGGAGCAUCCAUUAGAAUUCAAACCAGAAAGAUUUCUCAACUCGAGUUUGGAUUUCAAAGGGAAUGACUUCCAAUUGAUACCCUUUGGAGCUGGUAGGAGAAUUUGCCCUGGUUUACCUAUGGCUGCUAAGCAUGUUGCUUUGGUUGUUGCUUCUCUUAUCCAUUCCUUUGACUGGUCUCUUCCACAUGGACAAGAUCCAAACAACUUGGAUAUGGCCGAGAAAUAUGAUCUUACUAUGAUGAAGGAACAGCCUCUCCUACUCAUUCCUUUAACUAAGUUUUAAGGUAUACAUUAUUGAAAUGUAACAUAUAGAUAUUUUGAAAGUUUAUGUAAUUUAGAUUCUUGUGGCUUUGUAUCCGUUGUGUCAUAUUUCCAACUUAUGAUGAAAAACAUUAAAGAGAGGAUAUAUUUCAAUCUUCCUCUCCUAGUCAAUUGAAUCUUCAUGCUCUUAUCAUUUCC